UUUGAAAAGAUAAUUCCAUUAAACUUUUGAGUUUUUUUUUUCACAAUGUCAAUCAUAAGUAGUCAUUCAAUAAGAGCUGAAGUUAUGGACAGUAAACUUAAAAUUUUAAUAUUUGCAAUUUUCAACUUCCAAAUUGCAACAAUCUCGAGUCAAAUUCUAAGCUGCAACUAUGUAUUAAUUCAAGGAGUAAGCUAUGGAUGUGAAUUGACAAUCUUUAAUCCAAAUGGAAUGACAAACAUCAAUACAAUAAAUGGGACACAUUUAACUGGAUAUACUGAUGUAGAUGUUGUGGAAAUUUUUCCAACUACUGAUUCAUAUAGUCCAGUAAUUCCUUCAAAGAUCUGUGAAAAGUUUGAAAAUUUAUUGAGAGUGUUAUUUACUUCAAUUGGUAUUAAUAAAAUUACAAAAGAUUCUUUCAAGAGCUGCACGAAAAUUCAACAGCUGAAUCUUGAUGGAAACAAUAUUAGCUCGAUCGAUGUGGAUUCAUUUGCACAAAACUCGCAUCUCCAACUUUUAAUUUUGUCAAAAAACAAAAUUUCAAAUAUGCCUGAAAAUUUAUUUUCGGCUCAGCAAGAGAUUCACACUUUAAAUUUAGGUACAAAUUAUAUAGAAACUUUGCCAAAUGAUAUUUUCAAACCAUUGAAAAAUUUAAGGAAUUUGUUCAUGUUCUUUAAUAAAAUUAAAAUUUUAAAAACCGAAUGGUUUUCUAAUCUUGGAAAUUUGCAAUAUUUGGAACUUUAUCUUAAUGAAAUUGAGACUCUUCCGGUGAAUGUGUUUAGUGACCUAAAGAAUUUAACUUAUAUCACACUCUCCUACAAUAAAAUCGAAAUCAUUAACUCAGAAUCAUUUGGAUAUUUAAAAGAACUAAAAAAUGUAGAUUUCGCUCAUAAUCAAAUUAGUGCUUUUGAUGAGAGAUUUAUUGAUAAUACUAUAGUUAUGACUUUGACGAUGAAUAUAAAUGUUUGCAUUGACAAAGAAAUUUAUGAUGAUUCUCCAACGAGAGAAUUUAUGAGGAUUGAUUUGGCGAAAUGUUUUGAAAACUUUGAACGAAUUAUGGCAACAACAACAACAACAGCCCAUCCAACAACCACAUCAUCACAGCAAACAACAAGGCAAACAACUACAACAACACAUCCAACGACCAAUGAGAUAAUAACCACGACAACUGAAAAACCAUUACCGCCAGGAUGCUCAAAUGAAAAUUUAACUGAAAGAGUUUGUUUGAUUGAAGAUGAACAUAAAGAGUUUCGUAUAAGCUUCACGGAAUUAAGAGAAGAGAAUGCAAAACUUUUAAAGAUCAUUGAUGAUAUUCUAAAAGAGAAAGAAAGCAUGGCAUUAAGAAUUGACGAUCUUGAAAAAAAGAAUGAAAAUUUGAGAACAGAUUUUGAAAAACAAAACAAGGACGUUUCUGAGAUGUUUGAGAACAUACAAAAUCAAAUUUUAAUAAUGUCUACUCGUCCUUGUUCAUGUCAAUAAUUUUUAUUUAAACGAUAGUCAAAAAUUAUCUGAAAAUCUUCGACUUAAAUUGGUUUAUCAUUAAAUUGGUCAUUAUCAAAUAACCCUUAUAUCUCGUUCAAUAAGCGUCGAUUACAACUUUAUUGCGAUAAAGUAUAAAUAAAGAUUAAAAAUGAAAACAAGUAUUUUAUAUUAACCGAGGAAGGAAGAGUGUUGAUAUGAGGCAUUUAUCUAUAUAAAAUUUUUUGUUCCGGUGAUUCACUGAUUCUUAUCUUGAGGCAUUUGAUAUCCCGUGAAUCGAGUAUAUUACUUAGUUUCCAGAGUUUGAUCAGCAAAU